AUGGCCGAGCUAAGUUCCCUCCAGUCCUCGCAACGACGACUUAGCUGUCAAGUCAGUUGGUCAGUCGUUCCCAACUUCAUUCGCCCCAUCCUUCUUUCAUCGGCUCACGUCAAACUAUUGCAACGCGAUUCUCAAACCCCCAUUCGCAUUCCCAUUCCCGCCCGAAAUGGUAUUAGUCGGUGUGGAUAUGCUCUCUUUCUUUAUCGAUUGAUCCUCCUUGCUUCCCCCCCGGCCCCAUCACACCAGUCACAAAGUGGAGAACAAGCAGACAAAACAUAGUAGUUCAAGUACGUACGCCUGCCCGUUUCGCCACUCGGUUGACAUGAAACGGGUAAAACGUAGAAAAGAACAAUCACUGUGAU